AUUUCCUCCAGUACUUGCCAGUCUGAUGCAACUAACUCUACAGAAGCCUGCCAGAAGUCAUCACUGUUUCAGUUUGCAGAGAUCUCUUCAAGCACAUCACAGCCUGGAGUCCCAGGAGCUGUAAAACAAACGGAGGAGUCUGCAUUGUUUCAGUUUGCCGAGAUCUCAUCAAAUACUUCCCAGUUGUCAAAUCCUGAGCCAGUUAAGCACUGUGGGAAGUCGGCACUCUUCCAGUUGGCAGAGAUUUCUUCAAGUACAUCCCAUUCAGGACCUUCUGAUUUAACAAAACAGUGUGGAACAUCAGCAUUAUUUCAGCUGGCAGAGAUGUGCCUUGCUUCAGAAGGAGUAAAAUUGAAAGAACCUGGGAAAACAAAAGUGGAAGCACUAGAAGAUGUGGGAGGAGAAGUUCCAGAGGAAAUGGAAGUAGAACUGGAGAGAACAAGAAUAAGAGACUCCUGUAAAGGAAAAAUAGAACAAUCAGAGAUAGAGAAAAUGCAAAACUGGGAUGAGACAAAAGCUGAGGAAUCAGAAACUGCAAAAUGCAGAGAUUUUGCUAGUCUUGCAAUGGAGAGCAGUCCUUACGAGAGAAAUGAUAACACAAAGGAUUACAUGUGUUGUUCUCCAGAGCUUUCAAUGGCUGACAUGAAUCUCCUCGGGCUAAAGCCAGAAAAGAUAAAGAAGAAAAAGAAAAAAAAUAAAUUGGACCGUCACACAAAUGAAAAAUCCACCCCCAAGAAACCUUGUAAAAAGAGGCAGUCCUCUGAGUCGGACAUUGAAAGUGUAAUGUAUACAAUUGAAGCCGUUGCAAAGGGGGACUGGGGUGCUGAGAGACUCGCGGAAAAUCCCCGCAAAAAAGCCCGCCCUGUCUCAAAUGUGAAGGGAAGUGUGUUGGAUACAAAAUCACCAAAGAAAAAAGUGAAAUCGAAAGAGAAGAAAACAUCAAAGGAGAAACCCAUGGAGACCACCAAAGAAUCAAAGCCUCCCGAUUUCCUUAGUAUUGCAGCCAGCAAGGAAGUACCCUGUGAGGCUUCCGAUAACAUUAAAGUGGAACCACUGACCCUAACAGAGGAGGUGGUACCCCAGAGCUUACCCGGACAGGUCAAAACUGAGGACAAUGACUGUGUUAAAAAGAUAGAAACCUGUGGCUCCAGGAAAUCGGAGAGAUCUUGCAAAGGUGCUCUUUAUAAAACUCUGGUGUCAGAGGGCAUGCUCACAUCUCUGCGUGCCAACGUGGACAGAGGAAAAAGAAGCGCAGGAAAAGGCAACUCCUCAGAUCAUGAAGGAUGCUGGAAUGAAGAAAACUGGGCUUUUUCCCAAAGCGGAGCAAGUGGGAACAAAAAACUGAAAAAGCCUAAGCCAAAGGAAGAGUUUGUUUUUGGCUUAGCAAAGUUGGAAGAAGAAUUUGAAAAGAAAUUCAACAGCCUCCCUCAAUUCAGUCCUAUUACCUUUGACAGGAGAAAUUCAUCUGUUCCCAGGAAAAAGAGAAAAGUUGGAGGCGGCUCGUCUGAACAACCAAAAUCCAACAAAGGUUCAUUCCAGUCUAAGAAAAAGAACUUAUUCCACAAAAUUGUCAGCAAAUGUAAGCACAGAAAGAAGCUUAAUGUUCCGGACACAGCCAUACUCUUAGAAGACAGAAAUUCCAGUGAGUCUGCCUGGAAGAAUAAAAUUUCUAUAUCUGCCCUAAACACUCCAGAGCCAGCAAUGAUGCAUGAGCCUUUAGUUGGCAGCCAGAAAAGGAAAGCAAGGAAAACUAAGAUCACACAUCUUGUCCGAACAGCAGAUGGUCGAGUGUCACCAGCAGGAGGGACACAGGAGGAGAAGCCAAAAGAGCUGCCACAAAAAACUCUUCAAAAAACAUCAAGUACAGAGACAGAUUACAACAGUGAAUGCUCCAGAAAUGCAGAGGCAGAAGGAAAACAUAGUAUUACGUCAGAUAUGCCAGCGGUGUCUGCGUUUUUUAGCUUAGCUGCUCUGGCGGAAGUAGCAGCCAUGGAAAACGUACACAGAAGUCAGAGGGCCACACCUCUCCCACAUGACGGACAGCCAAAUGAAAUGUCUCAGGCUCCAGUGCUUAUUUCCUGCGCUGACCAGUGAAGCUCCACUUUAUUGUAAAACAUUGUGCUUUACCUAAUAUCCUAGCCUUGUCUUUACCAAGGGAAGCUAGUCAGUCCAUAUGAUGGAAACUAUAGACUGCAAGCAAGUGCUUAUUGUUUUGAGUGGCCCAGAAUUCACUGGAAGCCAGACGUUAGCAACUUGGGCCAGGUCUUCAAAUUGGAAACCAGUAUGUAGGAGGGUGAUAUUAAUUGUCUAUUAAUGAACAGAAAUUGAAUGAUCCCAGAGCUUGCUUUCUAUUGAAGGCUUUUAAACAGUAAAUAGGUGGUUGGUGUGAAAAAGGCUGCCUUUACUGUUAGCUCACACAGCAUCUCUUUUACCAACCGGAGAGUACGGCAACUAGUUUCGUAUAAUACCUAGUUAUUCUAAAUGAAAACGGAAGAAAAAAAAAAAAA